UGGAAUCUGCUUCAUCUGAUGGGACCGAAGCUGCAAACUUAACUGCAUCUUAUCACAAUAAAGACCAGCCCACAAUUCCUGGGACCUUUUCAGAAGAUGCAGGCACUGUUCCAAAGAAUGAUUUAGAAAGUGCAGCCAUCCCAGAGGCAGAGGAAUGUAAUUUAAUUGUACAAAGUGAUGCAAAAUCAGAAGAUCUAAUAUUUUAUGAAAAUCAGUGCCAGGACUUUAUGCCAAAUGAGCAGAAGAAAAGUAAAGACUGUGACCCAAGCACUAUCAAUGGUACCUGCAACGUGUCAGCAUCAACCAUUGUCCAAGAAGACAUCUUCAAAGCUGAAGUAAAAAGAGAUGAUCUCUGUAUGUUGUCUGGUGAAAUCCAAGAGAAAUCCACUCACAGUAAUCUUGUGCAUGAAAUUAAGUCUCAGGAUGACACGUAUAUGAUGCUGGAUGCUUUGGGAAGUAGAAAAUGCCUGGAAAUAUUAGGAAAUCUUCAAGACUCACAGCAGGGAAAGGAAGCAACAAUACAUGGGUUAAUAGAUCACUUUAAAAAUGAACUAAGCCAUGAUGAUCAUUCCCAGGCUGACUUUAAACAUGAACUCAGCAGUGUGACUAAGGGGGAUGUGAAGGAAGAAAGUGACACCAUGUUCAGCACAGCAAAGGCAGAAGCUUCUAUAUGUGGCAAUGAACAACUUGGAGUCACCCCUGAAACAGGUAUUACAGGCACAGUAUUAAUUAGUGAAGGUGAUGCAGCUUUGCAAGCAAGCAUUCAAGAUCAAGGGACAGAAGCAGAAAAGCAUUACUCAGAAACUAUUACAGGGAUGGAGCUCGAAUCGGAUUUUCUAAGUACAGAUUUUAAUGUUGCUUCUGAAAAUCAAUGGAGCAAGAUGCAUUCAGAACACGACAGCUCACCGCUGGAUGCCAAAGGAAAGGUACCAACCCUUUCAUUCACUGAGCCUAAGAAACAUGACAUCAAUGAACUUCUGGGCAUGGUUACUGAAGGAUUACCUACAGAAAGCAACUUCCCUGAGCCCUGUCAUUCUCUCCUUCCUGUAUCUGAAAAGGAUGCUAUAGCUGUAACAGCCAAGGCCACCUCAGAUGAGGCAAGAGAUGACAUCAGAAUAGAAAGUUCUCCUGUGCCAGGUGAUGUCAUAAAAUUGGCUUCUUCCACUGAUUCUUCCAAACAACUGUUAGCUGAUUCUCUUCCUUGUGAAAAUGUUGCUGCUCUGGGUGCUGCUGAGCUGACUGCAGCAAGCACUUCCCAGCCUGGUAGCUGCAAAGAAGUUGAGAACCCUGUUACAUCUGUUCCUGAGGAUGCUUCUUUGGCUCCUACACCAGCCGAUGAUGUAGAAUCAUUUGCUCAAGACAGUGAGAGAUUGGCAAAGGAAAUAAAGAGGAGUUCAGACUCUGAAGAAGCAUUUGAGACACCAGAAUCCACCACUCCUGUAAAGGCUCCACCUGCACUACCGCAGCCACCACUGGAAGUAGCGGUGGUAGAAGCAGCAGCAGUCGACACAGUUGAACAGGAAAUAAAGCCACAGCUGCCCUUGGAAGACACAGGAUUUUGUUCUGAUACUGUGUCCAUAAUUGAUGCAUCACAUAGUGAAUCAAUUGAAGAAAGCCCAUUCCGUCCUCCCUCCCAUUCAUUUUCUACUGUCUUUGAUGAGGAUAAGCCUAUAGCCAGCAGCGGGACUUACAACUUAGACUUUGAUAACAUUGAGUUGGUAGAUUCUUUCCAUACCUUAGAACCUAGCACUCCAGAAGCUAAGAAUCGUGACCCUAAAGUGAAUGUUCGAAGAAAAUCCACAGAUUCUGUCCCAAUUUCCAGAUCUACUUUGUCUCGGUCUCUUAGUUUGCAAGCAAGUGAUUUUGAUGGUGUUUCCUAUCUUGGCAAUAAUGAGACAGUAAUUCCAACGGCAGACGUGUUCAAUACUGGUUCAAGUAGUGCUUCUAGUACCCUUAAGCGAACAAAGAAACCCAGGCCACCUUCCUUAAAGAAGAAGCAAUCUGCAAAAAAAUCUGCAGACUCUCCACCAGUGAAAGAAACACAGCAAGAAACAUCUGACAUUAGCCAACAAGCUUCUGUCCCAAGUGAAGAAAAACUGGUGUCUGAGGUAAAGGUCGAAUCAAUUAAACCUGAAUGUACCGAACCUUCCCAAAUCUUUACCGAGAAACAGGAGGCCCCUGCUGUGCCUGAAGCUUCCUAUCCCUUUGAUCGAGAGAAUUUUGAAGAGAUUAGUACAUUUAGUACUGGAGGAAGCAAAGUGCAAACUUCUCCACUUGCCAGUAAAAAAACCCAACCUCUUACAACGGCACCAGAGGCCGUGGAGGUGACUCCAUCUGACACUGGAGGACAAGAGGAUCCUCCAGUCAAAGGUCUAGCUGUGAGACUAGAGUUUGAUUAUUCUGAGGAAAAGGACAGCAGAGAGGACCAACAAGAAAGCACUCCCCCACCCAAAAAAGCAGGUAAAAAAUCUGGUGCCAAAAUGCCACUAAGGAGGCCAAAGACUAAAAAGACAGUGGAAAAGCUUGACAAUGCUCCCACCACACCAACCAAGUCACUCACUGAUCCAAAUGAUAUCCCAAUUUCAAAAGGCUCUUAUACUUUUGAUAUUGACAAGUGGGAUGAUCCCAACUUUAACCCCUUCUCUUCCACUACAAAAAUGCAAGAAUCUCCCAAAUUGCCUCAACAAACAUACAGUUUUGAUCCAGACACGUGUGAGGAUUCAAUUGACACUUUCAGGCUGUCUUCGAAGAUCACCAGCUCACCUUCUAAAUCUCCAGCCUCCUUUGAGAUACCAGCCAAUGGCAAUGAAACAAAUGGAACUGAAGGAGACAACCUAAAUAAACCUGCAAAAAAGAAGAAGACACCACUAAAAACGAUGGUAGAAGAUGUGAUGUCUGUAUGUUCUCUGUUUGAUACAUUUAGGGUGAAAAAGUCACCAAAAAGGUCUCCCCUCUCGGAUGCGCCCUCUCAGGAUUCCACUCCACUGCCUACUCCAGAAACACCCCCGGUUAUAUCUACCGUGGUUCACGCGACAGAUGAGGAAAAACUGGCUUCUUCCGUAACCAGUCAGAAAUGGACUUGCAUGACUGUGGAUCUGGAUACAGAUAAACAGGAUUACCCACAACCAUCCGAUCUAUCUACAUUUGUAAAUGAGACCAAGUUCAGCUCCCCUACAGAGGAGCUGGAAUAUGGCAACUCAUAUGAAAUAGAAUAUAUGGAGAAAAUAGGCUCCUCCUUGCCGCAGGAUGGCAGCACCCCGAAGAAACAAUCUUUGUACCUUGUAUUUGAUGCACAGCAGGAAAGUCCAGUCAAAUCUCCUCCAGUCAGACUAUCUGAUUCUACAACACCAUGUUCAGGGUCAAGUUUCGAGGAAACUGAAGCCCAGCUAUCCUCCGGAAUGAAAAUACAACACCCAGGUUCCCGGGUUCUAACCGCCAGCCAAGAUCUGCACUUACAGUCAACCGACAAAUCAAAACAGAAAGAACUGGAGCCCAUGAGCUUAGGAACAGCUUCAGACCCCAUUGAAAUAACAACUCCUGAGGACUCCUUUGUCUCUGCUGAUGCUCUUCUCAGUAGGAUAUCGCAUCAAACAUCAAUAUGUGAUCAGCUUGAAUAUCUAGAACCUGACUUAGCAGAAAAGAAUCCCCCCGUAUUUGCUCAGAAACUUCAGAAAGAGCCUGCUAUCCCAGCAGAUGUUUCCAUCUCUAAAAGUACUCUGUACUCCCGAAUCAGCACUUCUGAGGCAGAAAAUACCACAGAUCUGCUCUACCAGCAAGAAGAUUUGGAUUCUGCACUACGAAUUGCCAGACAGGAGACUGUGGUCAAAGAAAGAGAAGUAUCUGAGUGGAAAGACAAAUAUGAAGAAAGCCGAAGGGAAGUGAUGGAGAUGAGGAAAAUAGUUUCAGAAUAUGAGAAGACGAUUGCUCAGAUGAUAGAGGAUGAACAGAGAGAGAAAUCUGUCUCCCAUCAUACUGUCCAGCAGCUAAUAGUGGAGAAGGAACAAGCUUUGGCAGAUCUGAACUCUGUGGAGAAAUCACUGGCAGACCUUUUUAGGAGAUACGAAAAAAUGAAAGAGGUUCUGGAGGGAUUUCGGAAAAAUGAAGAAGUGUUAAAGAAAUGUGCACAGGAGUAUUUAUCACGAGUAAAGAAAGAGGAGCAGAGGUACCAAGCACUCAAAGUUCAUGCUGAAGAAAAACUGGACAGAGCCAAUGCUGAAAUUGCACAAGUCCGAGGCAAGGCUCAGCAAGAACAAGCAGCAUAUCAGGCCAGUCUCCGUAAAGAGCAGCUGAAAGUGGAUGCAUUGGAAAGAACACUGGAACAAAAGAAUAAAGAGAUAGAAGAAUUAACGAAGAUUUGUGAUGAACUCAUUGCCAAAAUGGGGAAAAGCUAACUUUUAACCAAAUUUCUGGACUUCAAUAUUGAGUGCAAUAUGACCAUUGGCACACUGAUGUCCAUAUAUUGAUGUGGACAGGUUGUAUUUUCACUUUUUCGUAUGCACUACUGUAUUUUCUUUCUAAAUAAAGUUGAUUUAAUUGUAUGCAGUACUAAGAUGACUAUCAGAAUUUCUUGCUAUCGUUUGCAUUUUCAUAGUAUAUUUCAUAGCAAGUUGAUCUCAAAGUUCCUGUAUCAGGGAGAUGGUCAAGUUCUCUAAUAAAUUACAUGUUGCUGAUCCUAGCCUUCCCUUCGUACAUGAGUUCCCAUGUUGGAUGUCUUUUGGAUUUAAUAUAAAUAUGUAUUACUUGCAUGGGGACUCUUGCCUUAAGGAGUGUAAACUUGAUCUGCAUUUGCUGAUUUGUAAAAUAAAAUGAAAAAUGAAAAAAAAAUGCAUGUCUCAAAUAAAAUUCUCUAUUGUAAAUAAAUUUUUUCGUUCA